GAAGAAAGAAGUCAAUGACAGACAUAACAAUAACCAGGAAAAUAUUUUUUUUUGAUUUCACUACUUUCGAAAUUUUCCACAAAAUUUGCGUUUUACUGUUUGGAAUGCAUCGGACGAAUGUCUUUUUGCGUUGAACAAAAUUGAUUCGAAUCUAAUCGGGGUCAAAUCAAGUGUUGUAAUUGCAUUGGCUUUCGAUUAAAACUAAAGAUUUGGGUGUUUGCUAAAUUUUCCAUAUUUUGCCAGAGGCAAAAUAAUAUUGUGCUCGGACUCGAAAUGUCUUCUAAUCCUCAACAGAAUACCAAUGACAGUUCUUACAGCAGCAGUGAAGAAGAUGACGACCGCUGUCGUCGUCUAUACAAAAAUCGAGCAAGAAACACGCGCAACAACAACAACAAUUUUCUCGCAAAAUCUCAACCAUUGAAUCGCUCUACGCUGUUGUCAUCGUCACCAUUAGCGCAUUGUUCCACAACCGCACCAUCUCCGACCGUUCUUCAUCCGAUUGCCACUGGUCAAGCGGAAAAUCGAAUAACUUUACUCGUCGACGAUACUCGGUUCACCAUCGAUCCAGCAAUGUUUACUGCUCAUCCGAACACCAUGCUAGGUCGAAUGUUUAGCUCCGGCAUGGAAUUCACACAUCCCAAUGAGCGCGGAGAAUAUGAAGUGGCUGAAGGUAUUUCUCACUCCGUUUUUCGGGCAAUCAUCAACUUUUACCGCAACGGAAUUAUACGAUGUCCACCGACUGUGUCGGUUCAGGAACUGCGAGAGGCGUGCGAUUAUCUGUUGAUUCCGUUUGAUGCUACUACCAUACGAUGUCAAAAUUUGAGGGGUCUUCUGCAUGAAUUGAGCAACGAAGGAGCCCGAUGUCAAUUCGAAGUUUUCCUGGAAGACUUAAUAUUACCGUUGAUGGUUGGCUGCGCACAGAAAGGCGAUCGGGAGUGUCACGUAAUUAUUCUAUUGGACGAUGAUGUGGUUGAUUGGGACAAGGAAUAUCCACCCGAAAUGGGCGAAGAGUACAGUCAAACGAUUCAAAGCACUCCAAUGUAUCGAUUCUUUAAGUACAUUGAAAAUCGUGAUGUGGCUAAACAGGUGAUGAAGGAAAGAGGUCUGAAGAAGAUUCGCUUAGGAAUAGAAAGCUACCCGACCAACAUUGAGAAAAUCAAGAAACGAGCGGGCAAUCGAGCUGAAGUAUUUUACAAUUACGUUCAACGGCCGUUCUUGCACAUGUCAUGGGAGAAGGAGGAGGCCAAGAGUCGACAUGUCGACUUCCAGUGCGUUAAAUCAAAGUCUGUGACGAAUUUAGCUGAAGCAACUGCUGAUCCAGCAUUAGAAAUGCAAGUUGAUGCAGGUGGAAACCCGUUACAAGUGCAGCUAUUUCCCGAAGCCGAACCGGAACAAGAUCAAUUAUUCGUACGACUGCAGGAAGUUGAUGGUGCUGUCGGUGGUGCUCUGAACGAUGUGGUCGACGAACAAUUAUAAAAGAAAAUUUGCUAUACACUGAUCGCACUGAUUUAUAUUACAAUUUUGAGAGCCGCAUUUUUUGCUGUUUUGCCCGCAUUUUCUCGAUUUAUUUUUAUUGUGGUCGAUGUUUGGAGACAAUUUAUGGAAAACCAAUAAAAGACUCUUUUUCGUA